GGAUCGUUCUCUUAGAAAAGAGGGAGAGUGAGAUUGUUAUCAACAGGUUGGGCGGCGUUUCCCUGACACUCCUUUUUAGUGAGUUUCCUGCAGUGGAUAUCAGUCACAGCAUGGAGGCUACCAGGCACACAACCAGGCGCAACAUGAGCGAGCCGCCUUAAAUUGGUCAACUUUGAGAUCCAGGAGAACCACAUUUCCCAUGAAACCCAGGGCCUGAGCAACAAGCACCUGGUGGUCCGGCGAGGAAGGCCCUUCAAAGUGACGCUGAUGUUUCAUGGGCGGCUGUGGAACCCCAGCACCGAGCGUCUGGUUCUGCAGGUUUCACUCGGUGACAUGUCAGCUAAGAUGUUGGUCAACUUCUCCAAUAAAUGGUCUGACCCGGACAGGUGGUCAGCCCGGGUCUACCCCGGCGACCUGCGCCGCCGCGCCAUCACCAUCCAUGUCUGCGCCCCGGUCCAUUCCUCGGUGGCACUGUACCAGCUCCUGAUCCACAUUGAUGGCGCACAGGAGCGCUGCACCUUCCUGGUGGGGACUUUUGUGCUGCUGUGCAACCCUUGGCUGAAGGAGGAUCCAGUGUACAUGCCACUGGAUGUGCAGAUAGACGAGUACAUCAAGAGUGAUUAUGGCGUCCUUUACAUGGGUACACACAUGAAUGUUAUCCAGCGGCCUUGGUCGUUCGGUCAGUAUGAGCCUGGGGUGCUCGAGGCAUGUCUGCAGCUGCUCCAGAACAGCACCCAGCACCUGAGCAACAAGCACAAAGACUACGUUCUGCGAGCAGACCCGGUCUACCUGAGCAGGGUCAUGUGUGCAAUGGUGAACUCCAGUGAUGACAUGGGUGUACUGGAGGGGAAGUGGCAGGGCAGCUACAAAGACGGCAUCAAGCCAACAGAAUGGAGCGGCAGUGCGGACAUCCUUCACCGCUGGGUGGCGUCCAAAGGCAACCCUGUGCGCUAUGGACAAUGCUGGGUCUUUGCCUCCGUCCUCUGCACAGUUAUGCGAGUGCUGGGGAUUCCCACCAGGGUGGUGACAGUUUUUAACGCAGCCCAUGACGGAGAUGGAAACCUGAUAGCCGAAGAGUUCUACUCAAGCACCGGGGAGAGGCUGGGCCUGUCGAAAGACAGCGUUUGGAACUUUCACGUGUGGGUGGAGUGCUGGAUGCGUAGACCAGACCUCGGCCCUGGCUUUGACGGCUGGCAGGUUGUGGACCCGACCCCGCAGGAGAAGAGCGCAGGCAUGUACCGCUGUGGUCCUUGCCCAGUGGCCGCCAUAAGGGCGCGCUGCCUCAGCGCGGCCUAUGACGCCGCCUUCAUUUACGCCUCUGUUGACGCCAACAUCGUGCGCAUGAUCGUGCGGUCGGGUCAUGUGGUCAGCAAGACGGUGGACACCGAGUGGGUGGGAAGCUUAAUCUUCACCAAGCGCAUUGGCUCAGACACGGCAGAGGAUUUGACAGGGAGUUACAAGAAAAAGAAAAGAGAGGAAACAUACCAGAUGAUGAAGGCAAGUUGUGACACACCCUCUGUUCCUGUAUUCGGCAAUACCAGACAUGAAAAUCAUGACUCACAUGGGCCCAUGCCUGGCGCACUUGAAGCAGGAUUAUGUCCAGAUGGGUCCAGUAUGGACGUGUCCCUCAGUAUCGACAAAGAGCCAACCGCGGGCAAGAGCAUCAACCUGACUGUUACCAUUACAAACAAAUCAGACUUCAAACGCGUCCUGAUGGAGCACCUGAAUGCUCAACUGAAGGAAUUCAACAGCAGCCCGCAGAGAAGCUUCUGGAAAAGCCACAAAGAAGUGUCCCUUCUGCCAUUUGAAGUUCUCACGCUCCAGCAUUCCAUCCCGCCAUCCGAGUAUGAGUCCUUCCUGUCGGACGACGACAUUGUAAAGGUGUCGGUGGUCAUCAAGGAUAUGACCACCAAAGAGAGAGUGCUGGCUACGCAGGACUUCAACAUCAGCUCGCCCAAAAUUAACAUACAGGUUGAUGGCGGUGACAGCAUCCGGGUGAAGAAGGAGCACACGGCCGUCGUGUCCUUCACCAAUAAAUUAGGCAAAACUCUGAGUGGCGCUGUACUGACGGUGGAGGGCUACGGACUGUUAGAGGGAAAACAAGAAGCCAGGAUGAGUCUCCUGCACCCAGACGAGAAGAUAGAGAAGAAGGUUGUCAUCAUGGCGUCCACACAGGGCACAAAGCUGCUCAGUGCCUCCUUCUCACAUAGCAACAGCCCCAACCUGGUUUCCAGAAGCUUCCACAAAGUGUCGGUCACCACAUAGAGACGCUAAAAAUAGUGACUUUGGAAUGUUUGUAUUAAUGGUCACUUGUUGCCAUAAUAUGUAUCGUCUACAACAUGAAGCGUUCAUGGAAGAAUAUAUUUAUGAUUCUGCUUGGACUUUCAUCACACUGGCAAGCUCUUUCUAAUAUUUAGUUUUCAAGAGAGUUUAAAUAAUAACUAUAGUCAUUUAAGUCUUUUUCUCAGAUUGGACCAAAUUUAGGAGAAAGGAUCCCAAAUAACUUGUCAGUGGAAGAAGGGAAUGCAAGUAUAGACGGGACAAAAAAAAAAUUGAAUUUCAAUAAAAGUAAAGCAAAAACAUCAACCGACUGUAAUGGAAUUGACAUGGGAACGAUAAAAAAGUUAUUACAGAGAUUGCGGAACCACUGAUGUACAUUAGUAACUUAUCAUUUCAGACUGGUAUAUUUCCGAAUCAAAUGAAAAUAGCCAAAGUAGUACCAAUUUUCAAAACAGGAGACAAACAUCAAUUCACAAACUACCGACCAAUUUUUUAUUGCCACAAUUUUCUAAAAUCAUCAAAAAGCCAUUCAGCAACAGGUUAGACAAAUGUAUAAAUAAGAAUGUGUGUGUGUGUGUGUGUUUUUCAGAGAGAAAGAGGCCGUGUGUAUGUAUUGAGGGUGAAAAUGAACAAAAGCAAUUACUAAACAAUAUAUGCCAACAGUCAUAACUAUACACGGUGUCAGGAAGGAGGAAUGGAAAUGGGGAGAAAUCAAUUGUUUGCAAAGGUGAUCUAUGUUUAUGUGUGUGAGAUGGAGAGACAGGAACAGGGAGAGUUUGUUGUCAAACAGAGAUGGGGUGUUUAUGUGUGUCAGAGAGAGAAAGAUUAUUUAGACAUGAAUACUGUGAAGCAACUAAAGUGUAGAGUGCUUCAAAAUAUGUAUUUCUAAAUAAAUACUACAGUAUUUCAUUAAAACAAUCUCCCACCCCCCUCUGUCUGUCUCAGAGAAAUACUAUGCUACACCAUACAGUAUGACAUCUGCACUUUUGUCCAUGCAGAUUCACUUCAUUGUAACACAUUAUGCUGCUUUACCAUUUGCUCGUGCCAUUCAGAAUUAGUAAAGGAACAUGUUGAAUGGGAAAUGAACAAAGCACCAGCCAUUGAUAUGAUAUGUAUUAGUAAUUGUGACAUGUAUUAGCUAUUGGAUGUGAAACAAAGAGGGGGUAGGAUUGGACAUUUGGAAUUGUCAUAUGUGAUGUAUACCGAUGUGAAAUAAAGAAUGCUGAA